CCAGAGCUCUACGUUGCGCGCAAAAUCAAAUCAAAUCGAUCGAUAGAACCCUAGAUUAUCUGCUUGCUUCACUAAAAAAGUUGCGUGAAAUCUAAGCGUAAAAACACGCACUCCAAUUUCAUUUCAAUUUUGCGUUGCAGACUGUUAGAAAAUUGUUACAGUAUUGAAAAAUCGAUGUUAUUAGCUGUGGAGUAAUUGAUGUAGUACGGGCGGUGCUAGAAUGGAUAGAAAUGGACCUGUAAAAGUAGUUUUAUUACUGAUUUUGAUCGUCGCCGAUGCUUCAACUGCGUCUUCUUCAAUUCUUACUACGUUUCGGAGAUUUGUAGCUGGGGCUUCUGCGGGAAAUUUCAAUUCCAAUCAAGUUUCUCCGUCGCCGAGUCCGGAUCCUGUACAAACAGCUGGUAAUAAAACGGCGUCGAUUGAGACAAAAGUAAAGAAGCAGGGAGAGAAUUCUACCAAGGCUGUUAAUUCUGUUUCUAGUUCAGAGCAGUUGAAUAAUAAAACUGAGCAGGCUGGCCCGCCUCCUGUAGUAAACAAAGGGGGGAAUGAUGUGACAACAAAUGAGAAAGAGAAUGGUGAAAAUAAAAUGGACUCCGUUGGUGGUGAUCAGAAUUGUACUGGAAUGCCUAGGUGGUGCAAGGACGAUGCCUCGUUGGCUGCUUGCAUUAUUAUUUCAGAGCCUGAGCACAAAAAAAUUGUGGUUCUUGUUCAGAAUGAGGGAGAGAGCGAUUUAAAAGUGGACGUUUCUUCUCCAAUUCCUUCUGAAAGUACUCCAUUUGCAAUAACUAAACACCAAAUGAGAAAGGUCAAUUUAACAGUUGGCGAUAGCAACCAAGUGAUAUUGAAAGCUGGGAAUGGUGAAUGUGUUCUGCACAUAGGUCUUCCUAGGUCUCAAGGAAACUUUAUCUUCAACCUUCCUUCUUAUGACAGACUAAUCACUCCCAUUAAUGGUGCGUACUUCUUAAUUCUCACGGUGUUAAUUUUUGGAGGCAUGUCAAUUUGCUGCUUGUUAAGAAAGAGGAAACAGCGGGAUGGCAUCCCUUAUCAAGAACUUGAAAUGGCUUUGCCAGAAUCUAGUUUAGCAAACAAUGUUGAAACUGCAGAAGGUUGGGAUCAGGGUUGGGAUGAUGACUGGGAUGAGGAAAAUGCUGUGAAGUCGCCGGCAAUACGACACUCAGGAAGUAUCUCUUCUAAUGGCCUCAGCUCUAGGUCUAUAAAAAAAGAAGGAUGGGAAGAUGAUUGGGAUGAUUAGGAUAUAUAGGCAGUGAAAAAGUAAAGAGUCUUUUUCCUGCUCAGGAGCUUAGGGGGUAGAGAAAUAAGAAAAGAGAAAAAAAAAAAUUACACGAACAUAGGUGAAGAAAAUAUUGGCUGUAAAUCUUUUUACACUUUCCAUUCCGACUUUGUAGUUUUCAUACAACAAUGAGAGUUUUGAGAGGAUGUAUUCAUUUCUGAUGUAAAGAAGUGAUUUAUCUUUCUUCCGUCUUUUUGAAAUAUAUGUAGUUCCUGGCUACAUUUGAUUUGUACGCUUUGUUUUCGUGAGAUGGCUCUACCUUUGGAAUACAACUUAGUAGACAAUGUGUGUUCGGGUACUAA